AGCAUUGUGGCGGUCAGAGGCGCAAAGUGCAACAUGAUCUUUCUUCACUCUUUCCAAGUCCCAAAAUUUGGCGCGAAAAUUGGGUACUGGGAUUAUUAGGGUUUUUCAAUUUGGGUUGUAAAAUACUUUUGCAGUUUUGUUCUGAGUAGAAGAAAUGGCUUCGCACGGUGGGAAAGACUCGUCAUCACCUUCACGAUCCUCACCAGAAAAGUUAUCCCCUGUAGUGGUCCUCGCUCAUGGGGCCGGUGCUCCUUCCUCUUCCGAUUGGAUGAUCAGAUGGAAAAAUAUGUUGGGCAAGGCGCUGAAUGCUGUUGAAGUAGUUACCUUUGACUACCCUUACAUUUCUGGUGGAAGAAGGAAGGCUCCUCCCAAGGCAGAGAAAUUGGUUGAGUUUCAUGCAGAUAUUGUUAAAAAGACUGUUGCUAAGUACCCUGGGCAUCCACUGAUUUUGGCAGGGAAAUCCAUGGGUUCAAGAGUCAGCUGCAUGGUAGCUUGUGAUGAAGACAUCUGUGCUUCAGCAAUAGUUUGCUUGGGAUACCCACUAAAGGGGAUGAAUGGAGCAGUACGAGAUGAAACGUUGUUGAGAGUUACAGUUCCUAUAAUGUUUGUACAGGGUAGCAAAGACACUAUGUGUCCACUGGAAAAGCUGGAAGCCAUUCGCAAGAAGAUGAAAUCUCUUAUUGGUUUGCAUGUGAUUGAUGGUGGUGACCACUCCUUCAAGAUUGGAAAGAAGCACCUUCAAACCAAGGGGUCAUCCCAAGAUGAAGCUGAAGAUCUUGCCAUUCAGGCCAUUGCAGUAUUUGUGUCUAGGUGUAUAGGAGCAAGAUAGUGUUUGUAAUGACGAGUUCAGAGCAGUAUAUAUAUAGUCGUGCUGGAGAGAGCGCUCAAGAUCAUUUUUGAGAAGUUAGAUCCCAUUUGGUUGGCGCGGAUGUGGAGAAAACCUAGUGAAUCCCGUUGGAAUAUGAUAGGUAUCAUCUUUAUGCUUUAUCUUCUUAAAUGUAGGAUUUGACU